ACUCUUAAUGUGACAGAAGAAAAAUUUGUGUUGGAUACACUAACUGGAUGCAUCGAAUAUAAAUCCUUAUUGGAUGUAGUAGUCAAUGCCUUUUUUGUUCGGGAUGGGAGAUACUGCCCGAAUUCUGAGCGUAAUCUCUAUGCAGUUAUUUGUUAUCUGGCUACUUUUCAACUGGAAGAGCUCGGUCUUCAGCACUUCAGCAGAAUCGUGAAAUCUCUGGACACAGCAAAAAUGCAAAAGUUUCUUAGAUUCUUCUUCAAUGCCUUGUAUUUGAACACAUGGAUAAAAGAUGAAUGGAGCCGAUUCUACGAUUCACUGUACGUAAAAGAGAACUGGAUUGACCCACUGCUGAGAUGGCAGCCGGAAGUGCAGCAGCUGAUUGAACAGCUCACAGAUAAAUUACAUAAUCGUACUACCACUGUCAAGACUUCGAUGGUCACUCAGCCAAAGGAAUUUAAUUUGACUGUACCCAAACCACGUGCCAUUCCUAUACCUCUGCCAAUACCGGUACUGGAAAAAAGGACACCUGUUCCUCCAAGCACCUACAAACAUCCAAAGGAAAAAAAGCAACUUGAGGAAAUCAAAGCAAAAAAUCGCCGAAAAGCAGAAGAUCUGCUCCUGAAAGCAAAUGCUAACCGGUUCAGGUGUGCAACCAUGAAGUCUGAAAUGGAAGAGAUUGACAAUAUACCUAUUAAAUUAAAUGCUGCAGCUAUUUUAAGAGAGGGUGCCCUCUAUCAGCGGAAAACAGAACAGGAGCUCAAGAGAAUUGAAAAUCUGCUACGAGGGGCUGGAGAUCCAUCUGAAUUCUUGGAAUGGCAAAAACAGAUGCGUGGAAAAGAUUUAGAAGAGCAGCUGGCUGACAUAGAGUGUAGGAGGCUUCAAGGGAAACUGAGUCAUGAAGAGGCAAUUCUAGCCCAUCAGAAUGUAAUUCAAGAAAAUAAGAAGAAAGCUGAUCUAAUGAGAGAAGAGAAAGCAGAGCUGAUGCACCAGUAUGCAGAGAAACGUCUACAGGAACAGAAAGAAACGAGAGAACUGGUGGAGCAGGUUGUGGAAGGACACAAGAAUGCAAAGCAAGCAAAAAUAAAGCUCCAGAAGUACAAACAGCAGAUAGUUCAGGAAGUUUGUGAAGAAAAUCGAGAACUUCUUCGGCAAGCUUUAGAAGAAGAGGAGGAGAAGCUUAGGAAAAGAUACGAACUAAUUCAACAAAUACGAGCUAUUGAGUCUUUACCAAGCCUCAGACACAAGAUUGUUGAUUUAACUGAGACUGGUGGCCAUGGCUUAAUUUGUGAAAUGUCAAUAGUGGAACUACGUGAACGCCUCGCUCUACUCAAAGAAGCACAGAAGGCUGCAGAGGAAGAGAAGAGAGACCAGAUAAUUCAUGAAAAACAAGCUAAGGAACAGCUUCUUCUAGACAAACUGGACCAGAUUUCCCUGUUCAGAGCAGAACUUGGACGAGCAGCUGCUUUAAAGCAAGAAGAAAAGAAAAGAAAGGCCCAGUGUGGUGAAAAGCCUAUGAAAGAUGAACGCAUUUUAAACCUGCAGAAAAAGAUUGUAGAAAAAACAAUGGAGCGUAAAAAGCAAGCAGGAGUCUUAAAGAUCACCCCCCCAAAAACCAGCAGCGCGCCAAGGAAGGUCUGGGACUUACAUAAGGAGAAGAGCUCUGCAAUAGACCUGCUGUUCACAGGCCUUUGCUCAACUGCCAGCACUGGCAGGGGGCAGAGGCAGAUGGUGCCAUGCAUGGCUGGCAGCAGCAAUGCCCUGCUUCCUGUGUAG